AUGUUCAAGAAUUGUUAUGAUUCAGGAAGCGUAACUCAGUUGCGUAAUAAAAAAUCAAAGAAAUUAUCAUUUCGACCCAAUUACAGCACAUCAAGUCAAAUCAUGCAUAAAGAUCAUGCUGGUGAAGCUGAGCUUGAAAUUUAUUUCCCACUUUUAAGUAUUCAACCGAAAAAACGAUGCUUCUUGCACAACAAAAUCCAACAAGAAACGCUUCGCUAUUUAAUCGCUUUUUAA